AUGUCUAGAGCCCAGGUGGAGGGUGGGAAGAAAGUUGGCAAUACGGAACACUACACGGCAUCUGAUUGGGUCGAUGACAUCAAACUGGCUCAAGAGGCUCAUAUCGACGCCUUUGCCCUGAAAAUGGCCAAGGGAGAGCCUAUGAACACCAAGGCCAUAGCCGAUGCUUUCUCAAAUGCGGAGGCUCUAGGAUUCAAGCUGUUCUUCUCUUUCGAUUAUGCCGGCCGGGGUCCCUUUUGUAAGGACGAAGUGAUCUCCUGGAUUAAUAAGUACGCUCCUAGUAGUGCCUACUUUAGACACCAAGGAAAGCCUUUCGUCUCGACAUUCGAAGGACCCGACCAAGCUGAUGAUUGGGUCGAUAUCAAAGCUACUACUGGGUGCUUCUUUGUGCCUGACUGGUCCUCUUUGGGGGCUGGUCCUGCUGUUGAGAAAGCAGGUGGUGUUGUUGAUGGGCUCUUCAGUUGGGCUGGCUGGCCAUGGGGCGAUCAGGACAUGGACACUUACGUCGAUGCCUCCUAUAGGAGAGCUUUGGACGGCAAAGCCUACAUGAUGCCUGUCUCCCCAUGGUUCUAUACCAAUCUCCCUGGGUAUAGCAAAAAUUGGCUGUGGCGCGGGGAUCAUCUUUGGUUCGAUCGCUGGAUCCAAGUCAAUACUUUGAUGCCCGAGUUCGUUCAGAUCAUUUCGUGGAACGACUACGGCGAGAGCCAUCACAUUGGGCCGAUCCGAGAUCACGCCCUUGUGGCUUUCGAUACUGGGAAAGCACCUUACCGAUACUCCCUCGACCACCAUGGCUGGCGGGUGCUUCUCCCGUUCUCCAUAGAUCGAUACAAGAACAACAAAGCAACAAUCACUACUGAGGGCGUCUCAUUCUGGUAUCGCACGACCCCCAAAGGUGCUUGCGGCACGGGCGGUACCACGGGCAACACAGUCUCACAGCUCCAGAUGGAGUUUCGGCCCAAUGACAUCAUCCAAGACUCGGUCUUCUUCACCGUUCUUUCGACUGAUACUGUGUCUGUCACCGUCUCUAUUGGGGGCGUGUCCUCCAAGGGCGUCUUGAGAGACUUGUCUGAUGGUGGGGCCGGCCUCUACCAUGGCAGCGCACCGUUCAAUGGGCGCACAGGAGACGUACGGAUCACCGUCACGCGAAAGAGUGUGACCAUCGCCGACGAGACUGGCCCCGCGAUCAAGAACGACUGUCACAAGGGCAUGACAGGGUUCGACGCCUGGGCUGGUGGCGGCCUGACCUCGAGAGCCCCUAGUGCCCUCGACACGCCUUCUUUGGAGAAUGAAGUGUGUAUCCGCGGCACUGGCGCGAACGACUUUGAUGUCUUGUGUCGGACCACAUGCUACUGGGGCUAUUGUCCUGAGAGUGCUUGCGUUUGCAGAGCCACGGGCGCUCAGAUCAAGCUGCCUCCAGAGACUCCCGGAGAGGUCCAUCCGGCCGAGGGGUUGAACUCGAAUUACAUCGGCCUUUGCAACUAUGCUUGCCUCUACGGAGCCUGCUUCUCAACUUACUGCGGCAAGGACGAGUACCCCAUGAUCGAACCGACUGUAUCUCCUUUCAACCCCCCAUCCUGCACCUCGGGGACUGGUGACGGGGACUGGGCGGCGCUUUGCAGCUUCACCUGCCGCCAUGGCUUUUGCCCUAUUGCCAGGUGCAAGUGUACAGGGCAAGGUUCUCUCAACCUUAUGAACCCGUCUCAGGCGACCAAAGCUAUAAGCCGAAUCGGCGAAGACCACGGCCUUUGUGCGUUCGCCUGCGCCAGAGGUCUCUGUCCCAAGAAUGCUUGUGACUCGAGUGGUGGCGACUCACAAGAGCAGACUGACCCUCCAGUGGACCAGGUGGAAAUGCCUCACCUAGAUAAGGACUGCUACCGAUUUACCGAGUGUGUGGAUUUGGACAAUACCCAAGCCUCUAGCUGUCGCGAUGGCUACGCAAGCAUGUCGUUUGAUCGGGCUAGCUGCUCGGGCAAUUCGGGGCUCCCUAUUUGUUGUAAGAACAGCGCUCUUCCUAUGGAGUGUACGUGGAGGGGAAGCGGCGGAGAUUGCAACGGCCAGUGCCACAAGGGAGAGGUCACCCUUUUCGAGUCGGCGAAAGGAGGUGACCCUGGAGAGAGUGGCGAUAGCAAAUGCAGUCGUGGACAAAAGGUCUUCUGCUGUGAACUUAGCACUUUCAGCGCCAUGACCAGCCAAUGUCGUUGGACAGAAUGCUCUGAGAAGUGUGCGGGAGAUGAAACAAAAGUAGCCCAGGCUUCGGAGCUAGAGGGCAAGUGUGGUCUGGGAACUUUGACUAAUAGGUAUUGUUGCAAGAACAAUCCUCCUCCCUUUUCCAACUGCCAUUGGGUUGGACAAGGUGACUGCGCAGACAACACCUGCAACAACAAGGAAGUCACCCUGAUAUUGGAUCAGGGUGGCGGAGACGGCAACCUUUGCUCCUGGUGGAGGAAGAAGUCGCUCUGUUGCACACCGGAGGAGGCCGUAUUUGGCAAUGGAGUAUGCCCCAACCCGUAUUGCACUAUACUCAUCGGCGACUGUGCUCCGGAUGAGUGGGCCGAGGAUGAUGAUACCGACGAAGACACGUGCGAUGAUCACGAUGAACUUCGCCGAGACGAAGGAGCCUUGGCUGAGUAUGAUGCCUUGUCUCUUCUAACGCUCGAAGACGGAUCCCUUCUCGAAAAGAGAGCGAAACGGAGAAGAACCUACCAAGCGGUUAUCGAAGAUAUCAUUCAAAAUCUCAUUGAGAUCAUCAUCACAGCCAGGGCAUAUCCUGGGUCGGGCACACUCCAUUCGAACACACGAGGCGACCCGGCGUCAGACGACAUAUUUGAGUUGGCACCUGGGUGUGGAAAUGUGGAUGUUAUAGUAAAGGACCGAAAGACUUUCACAAAAAAACAGAUUUCGGCAGCAUAUGACAAUGAACAUAAUCCCGAUCUGCAAUUCAUGUCGGACUUUCUGCACACACUGGGCACUGGUGAGCUCCCAGACCUCUCGAGGACAGUCAACGGCUUCAUCGACCCCAAAGAUAUCGAGUAUUGGUGGGACGCGCCGUUCCCUUUUGGAACUUUCCCUACUCAGGGUACUAGUAGAUGCAUAAACUCUAUCAACGACUUCAUCAUGGACUUUUUCGGCUCGCAAGGGAACAGGAAGCCUCUACUCCUCUGCGAACGCCGACUGAACCAGAUGAAAGGCAGAAUCUUCAAUAGAGAAAUGAGGCCGGUCAACGACGUUGUAAUGGCAGGACUGCGAGAUGAUGCGUUGAGUGGGGAUACGCAGGCGGAAGAGACGAUGUUCGACAACAUUGCGAGAGCGAUUGGAGUAUGGAACUAUUUGAACCAUCCUGACGCGCUCCCAACUGUCAGCACCAACCGUAACAACUUGAUCGACGGAAGCGGUCUCAUCGGGCGACUCGUCCCAGCUUUUGCCAGAAUGCGUUAUAUUCUCAUGGAGUUUGACGAAAACUGGUACAACGAUGCGGCAGAAAGAACUAGGGGCUGGGUGGACGAAAUGCUGGACCUCAUAUUGCAAGACCUUGACGCUCUAAGUCAAGCCGGGAGAGCGCCUCCGAAUGAGUUUUCUAUCAGGGCUAGAGUGGCGCGCUUGCUAAACCGGAGAGGCGAUAUCAAGCCGCCGAAAAGGUGA